CUGUGGAUGACCCCAAUUGACGCCAUUUCCCCCUUCUACCGCGUUCCCAUUCCUCGUCAAGAGGAGGACGCGGAGGAAGAUGUGGAGGAGCACGUCUAUCCGCAACCAGGUUAUCUGCGAUUCCUCACUGUGGCCGCCUUUGUGUCCAAUUGGUUGGCCUGGUUCUCUCGAAUCGAGGCAUACUCGUCAUUGGGCGUAUCUCGUCACCCGCCUUGUUUAAUGUGUGAGCCCAUGUCGGGAUUUGUGUUGCAGCCUUGGAAUUUGGGAUGCGGACAGUCGCCACUUAUUGAUUUGUGGCCCCUUUGGAUGACUCGGAGACUGGUGAACCUCCUUCUGUGUUGUGUACCAAGCAGUGGUAGGGACAUCUCGCGACACUUCUUCCCUUUCACCGACUUGGAUGAGAUAUGA